GAAGUGGGCGGAGCUUGUGGAGAACUUUGUCCUAGAUCUGAAAAACAAGUGGGGUAUAAAUAGGACGGGGUCGAGAUGUGUUUUUAUUGAUCUCAGACGACUGGAGAAGAAAAUCUGCACUGACUGAAGACAACACGGGAAAAAAACAACACACACAGUGUGUGUUGGUGGGGAGGAACGAUGUGGAGGUCUCUCAGCCUCACCCUGCUGGCUGCCCUGGUGGUGGGCUGUAGGGGUGAGAGUGAGACAGAUGGAGCGAGAUGUAAACCUGCGGCCGUGUGGAAGAUCGGCGAUGUGGAGCCGCUGAAGGACAGCCUGGGCCGAGUGACCGUGGUGUCCUUCCUCCAGGCCAGCUGAUGGUUCUGCCUGUCGCAGGCGACCAGACUGGAGGAACUGCGGCAGAAGCUGGAGGAUGCAGGCUUUGUAAACAUCACGUACAUGGUGGUGAACAGCCAGGAUGAAAACUCACUCCGUGUUCACAGUCUGCUGAAGAAGAAACUCUCGGAUAACAUCACUCUGUACAAGCAGAACCCUGAAGAGCCUAAUGUGUGGAGCAUGGCCAAGGCUGAGAAGGACGACUUCCAGAUCUAUGACAGAUGUGGACGUCUCACACAUCACCUGUCUAUGCCGUAUACGAUCCUGAGCCAGCCGCAUGUGGAGGAGGCCAUCAGAAACGCCUACUGCGCCGCCGUGUGUGGAGAGUGCGAGCUGGAGCGCUCUGAUCAACUGGAGGAAUGCAACAAGACCAAGGAGGAGAAAACAGAGGAAACACCAAAAACAGAAGAAGAGGAUCACCAUCAUCAUCAACAUCAUCAUCACCACGGCCACCACGAAGGUCAUCACCAUAGAGGUCAUCACCAUGGCCACCAUCCCCAUGAUGGUGUAGAGACGCGUGGUGGCUCAAAUCAACAACAUGGCCACGAAGGCCAAGUCAUUGUAGAGCAGGUCCAAAGAGGCUCUUUAGAUCCGGGCCAGGUUCAGAGGAGUCAGGUUGAUUUGGGACAGGCCCAUGUGGGGCAGAUAGAUUUGGGGCAGGUUGGAAUUGGACAGAUAGACCUCCAACAUGUAGCUGAUGAUGUAGGAAACCAGCAGGUAAUGAGGCGUCCCUGAGCUUCCAGGUGAAAAUUCCAAUUCAUGUGUCAGCAGGGGGCGCUCUCCGACCCUUCCAGCUGAUGCUGACACUGACGGCGUCUGAUUGGCCUGCACCUUAAUGAGAGGCCACUCUGACAGUGCAGUGAGCCGCUGGCUGCUUCCUGUCUCUGACAGGGGCUCAUGGCGGACCAAAACAACAUGGAAACUUGACAGUGACGCCCCGCCCACUUGGGUGACUGACAGCCAGCUCAGCCAAUCUGAGCCUGACCUGCAGGGAUAAGCCAAUGAGAAUGACAGGCGAUAUAAGCAGGGACGAAAACUUAAAGACUAAUGACACACUGGGAACUUUCUUCAAUUAGAUCAGCAGUGCCCUCUGGUGGACAAAUCUGACCAUCCAACCUUCCAGUGUUGGAAGAGUUUUGCUGUUAAGUGACAGUUUUAGGUGUAAGCACUAUCGUUUAAUACAACGUCACUUAGCUAACAUGCUAACUGAGCUACAUAGCUGCGUCAGAAAGUUGCCAGUGUAUCGAGGUAUCACCUGAACCCUGACAGGAAAUCACCAACAAGUAUUCACACCUCAUUUUGUCCCAGGAAUGAACCAUCACCUCUUACGCUAAUUAGUGAUCCUCACUCCUCAUCCUAAACACAACAGCCACCCCCCAGUUAGGAAUGGUUUCUUCCAGGUUUUCCAUCUUUAUACUUACUAUCUUUCCUUGAAAGAGUUUCUGAAUAUCUUUACACUGCCUGGACUCCAGCCAUGUGACUCAAGUCAUGUGACCUCACUGGGUUUGAUGAAGUCAUAUGUAUGACAUCACACUCAGGCGUGUGUGAUGUUUCCCCAGAUACACAGCCAGUGAAUAAGGUAACUUGCUGAAUAUUUGUAGAUGUUCUAAACUCGGGGUGUUGGUUCAUGCUGGUGGCGAUCUGAGCGGCCAUGUUGGCGUGGUUCCUCCUCCGUUGUGACUCUCCAUGGCUUUAAUGAUGUCAGAUGCAGAAACUACUCUGUAGUGGCAUCUGUCUGAUCCUCAGCCAGUCAGAGAGAACGAGGAACGUCGCACAACAUGAAACACUGAAAAUGUAGAAGAUUUAGGAGUGAGUAUUAGCAUCGUGUUAACCCCUUCACACCUUGUGGUUAUUAGCAUGAAAUUCUAAACAAGCAAAAGUCCACAGACUGGAUGUACGCCACUAAGGGGAGCGCAAAAAAGCUAGAUUAAACAGUUAUUUAUAUAAAAAAUAAAAAAUAAUAACAACAAAUUAUGAUAAAGUGGGACAAAACUACUGUAAAUAUUUAGCAUUACGUAACAUCUCCAUGUCUAGCUAGCUAGAUGCUAGAGAUUAGCACUGGGUCUGAAGGGGUUACGCGUCAUUAAUCUCUGCUAUGCGCUGGUUAAUAUAACACAGAAAGCUAAGCUUAAUGAAAAUAUCUACAGUAUCUAUAAUACAUAUCUACACACACACACACACACAUUAUUAGAGGGAUGUGUGAGACAUUUUGAGUACUAGAUGAAGGUUUUCUGGGAAACUUCAUUAAACCAGAAAACCUGAUGCACUGUAGGAGAAAUGUUCACACUCGCACUGAUUAUGAUGGAGAAAUGUGUGUGUGUGUGUGUGUGUGUGUGUGUGUGUGUGUGUGUGUGUGUGUGUGUGUGUUCUCACUUUAAAAAUGAUUACAACUGUAGUAGUAGUAGUAAUUGUGUUAAACCUUCACAAAUAAACAGUAUUUUUCAUUAA